GCAAGAGAUAGUCGGGGGUCAACCUACUAGACGUCUUAAUGGUAUAAAAUGAAGCAUGCAGGGCUUGUUCAGCCUUUGCGUUAGUUGGGCAUCAGACCAGAGGAAAGAGGACUCUGUUUGCGUAGACUGAACUCUGCUACCUAGUGCUACCCUUAUCCAUCUCUGACUGAACACGUGCCUCCUGCUCACUAAUAACAACCAUGACAGCCAUCAAUGCACCUCGGGACAAAUACAAUGCAGUAUGGAUCAUUUUCUUCAUCCUGGGUUUGGGAACCCUCUUACCAUGGAAUUUCUUCAUGACGGCAACAAUGUACUUCACCAGUAGGCUGAAGGACCCACCCACUGGCCUGUCCUCCAAUCAGUCGGCUAACGAGACUUCGGUGGCUGGAGAUAGUCGCAAUGUGCUGGAGUCGAAGUUUAACAAUGUGAUGACCCUGUGCGCCAUGGUGCCUCUGCUCAUUUUCACCUGCCUCAACUCCUUCAUACACCAAAGGAUUCCUCAGAAGCUGCGUAUCUCAGGCAGCCUGACAGUCAUCCUGGUGGUUUUCCUUCUGACAGCGGUUUUGGUCAAGGUGGACAUGGCCCCGCUGCCCUUCUUCACCCUUACAAUGAUCAAAAUUAUCUGCAUCAACUCGUUCGGAGCGAUUCUUCAGGGCAGUCUGUUCGGGCUGGCAGGGAUGCUGCCUGCCUCCUACACCGCUCCCAUCAUGAGCGGACAGGGGCUGGCCGGCACCUUCGCCGCUUUCUCCAUGAUCUGCGCUCUGGCCACUGGAUCGGCUCUGCAGGACAGUGCGUUUGGUUACUUCAUCACAGCCUGUGUUGUUAUUCUUCUGGCCAUCAUGUCCUACCUCGCUCUGCCCAGGAUGGAGUUUUUCCAGUACUACAUCGAAAGCAAUGGAUCCAGACCCUCUGCUGAUGAGGAGAACAAGAUGGACUUACUCAAAAAAGACAGUCCAGCGGAGAAGCGACCAGUGGUGAGCCUGAUGGAGGACGAGGCCAAACCCAGCGUGUCUGUGGUAAACAUCUUCAAACAGAUCUGGGUGAUGGCUCUGUCAGUGUGCUUCAUCUUCACCGUCACCAUCGGAACAUUCCCAGCCGUGACCGUCGAGGUCAAGUCCACUGUAGCAGAGGGAGGCGCCUGGGAAACUUACUUCAUCCCUGUGUCAUGUUUCCUCCUCUUCAACGUGAUGGACUGGGCUGGCAGGAGUCUGACGGCCGUCUGUAUGUGGCCGGGUAAAGACAGUAUCUGGCUUCCUGUCCUGGUGGGUCUGCGGGUUGUUUUCAUCCCUCUGUUCAUGCUGUGCAACGUCGAGCCUCGAUACUACCUCCCUGUGGUGUUUAGCCACGACGCCUGGUACAUCAUCUUCAUGAUCUUCUUCUCCUUCUCCAACGGAUACCUGGCCAGUCUCUGCAUGUGCUUUGGACCUAAGAAGGUGCCGCAACAUGAGGCUGAGACAGCAGGAGCCAUCAUGGCCUUCUUCUUGUCCCUCGGCUUGGCGCUGGGUGCUGCAGUGUCAUUUGCUUUCCGGGCCAUAAUCUAAAACCUUCAGUAGAAGCACAGUAGACCACCUCCCCUCCAGCAACUCUCCCUGUCACAACCCUUAAUGGGAGAAUCUUUCAACAACUGGACUCGUCUUGCUCCUCUACAUCAAUCUCCGACUGAGUGGAGGUGGCAUAGCCGACCGGAAGACUAGAGAACCUCGGUCUUCUGAAGCGAACAACAGAGAUUCGCCUCAUUCUGCCAUCAUGGCAACAAUAUAAGCUAAAAUAUGUUACUGAAUUUUUUUUUCCCUCCAAACUCAGCAGCUUCUCUGGUUUCUGGGGAGCAUUUUCCCAAUCGACACCACUGAUCAAAGAGACUGCUUCUCAGAGAUAAAGAGAUUAACUCACAAGCAAAUCAAAACCAAAAUUAAAAAAAAAAACCCAAUAUAUCAGUUGCAGUGGAUUCAUCAUGUAGAAGACAGCAGAAAUUCCUCUAGGUGUGUUUUAAAUUUUCUCAGACAUUACAAAACAAAAGCCAAAUCUUGAAACAUCCAGCCUCACAUCCUACACGCAUCCCAGAGCCUCAUUUAUAAAACGUUCUUUUGCACAAAAUUAUUUU